AUGGGCAAGAGCAAGAAGCCCCUGUUCUACGCUGUGCGCCUGGGCCGUCGGCCGGGCGUGUAUGGGACUUGGGAUGAGUGCAAAGAGCAGGUCGACGGCUUCAAGGGCGCCAAAUUCAAGAGUUUCAUGAACCAGCGAGAAGCCGAGGAGUUCGUGAAAGCAGCAGGGGGUCAGAAGCGUUUGGCGGUGAGCGAUUCCGGCGUGCAAGUCACAGCGGCAAAACGCCCGAGAGCGGACUUGUACGAAGCCCCGCGCAACGCGACAGGGUACGUCCUUCACUUCGACGGGGGCGCCCGCGGCAACCCAGGCGUCGCCGGGUCCGGCGCGGUCCUGCGCGAGCCCACGGGCAGGAUCAUUGCCCAGGCGUGCCACCGCCUCCCUGGCACUCGCACCAACAACGAGGCGGAGUGGCUCGGCCUCCUCGCGGGCCUCCGCAUGGCCGCCGCGCUCGUGGGGUCCAAGCCGCUUCUCGUGCAGGGGGACUCUGACCUCGUGGUCCGCCAGGUUCGCAACGAGUACAAAGUCAGCGCGAAACACCUCCUGGCGAUGAAACUCGCCGUCGAACGCAUCGUCACGGGCGGCACGGGUGGCCAGGACGGCCUCGAGGACGACUACAAGAAGGGCGGUGCGUUUCCGGAGUUCACGAUCGAGCACAUUCCUCGCGCACAGAAUGGCGUCGCGGACGCGCUGUCGAACGUCGCGAUGGACGGGCGCGACUGGGAGGGCGUGCGCGACCCCGACGGCGGAACGCUCGAGAUGCCGCCCGUGGACCCGCUGUACAACGUCCCCGCGGACAUCUGGGAGGAGCCGGCGGCGGUGCCGCCCAAGCGCCGAGGGACCAAGGCCGCCGGGGAGGGAGGCGCGGGUGGCGUGGGGGGCUCUGGGUGGAGCAGCGGCUCUCAGGGGCGGUGGCGCGGGCUGACGACACGGUUGGCGCACGUGCCUGCACCGGGGACGUGCGGGGAGCGGCGGAGACGGGUGCCGGGGGUGCCUCCAGGUGUGCCGAGGGAGGCACGGUGGGCGCGACGGGCGCGGUCGGUGGGGGUCCUCGCGGGCAUGGCGGGGGGCAGAGCCGGGCGCGUGGUGCGGCCCGUGGUCGCGCUGGCGGCGCAGGGGCUGCGCUGCGCCGGUGGCGCCCGCCGCAUGUAA